GGAGUAGUUGCCAUUUUCACAAUCGGUGAGGUCUUCCCCUCUGAUCCUCUAGAGCCCAACUAUCUCAAUGAUGAAACUGGGUUGCUAGUAGCUCGCACUGAACUACAGCGACGCAGCGCGUAUAUGCGAAACGUGAACGAGCAACUCAGUGCCUGUGGCCAGCUGCGUGGCGACCACCCUCUCAUUCGGCUGAUCCAGCAAUGCCUGCACAACGGUCCUCACAAACGUCCGAGCAUUCGUGAGGUGCUGCGUCUGUUGGAGGAGGCCAGAGCUGGAGUCAGAGACAGCGGAUGGGAAGAGGUGCAAGCUGCUCAGACCCAGCCCAGGAGCCAGAGUUUGGAGAGAGAUCUGCAGUCUCGUGUGCAGGAGCUACAGCAACAACUGCAGUCCAUGAACCAGGAGAAUGCAGAUCUCCUGUCAAGCAUGCAGGAA